UGAUUCACCUUGAAACCUCCAGCCCCCAAGCAAAGUCCACUCGUUUGUGAAUCUCAGGUGGCGUUCUACACCCGUGCAUGGUCCCACCAUCUAUUGCCCUUCACCAGCCCACUGUCUUGUGGGAGGUCAGUCCUGGCCCACAGUCAUCAGUCAAGGAAGGUGCUGGCUCCUCUCCCUGCUCCUCAACCAGGGGUGGACCUUGCCUGCAGCAAGAGACGGCCGGGAUGAGGAUCCAGGCCAGCGCUCUGACUCUGCUGGUGACCUUGCAGGGGACAUGGAACCACUGGCUGUCACAGCACCAGAGGGAGCAGAGGAGGAUGCAACAGCAUCAUCAGCUGAGGUGGAAGGAGGGGACAAAGCAGCUGCAAGAGGGGAUGUGGAAAGCCCAAAGGGAACAGGGCCGGGUGGAAAAGGUCCUCAAGGAGCAGCAGCAAUUGUGGCGGAAACAUCAGAAUACCCAGAGGCAGAAGUUGCUGCAGCGUGUGCCCGAGCAGCAGAAAGGAUGGCAGUGUCACAAGCAGCCAAGCUCAAAGAGAAGAGGAGCAGCAUGUGGCUAAAGCCGAAGAAUACCACUCAGCAGCAGGAAGAGGACUCUGUGGAAAAGGGAAAGGUGAAAUGAAGGAGAGGUGGUGUUCUGGACCAUACCUCGUGGGGAGCAGGUACCCUGGGACCAUGACAGCUCCUCAAAUGCAAUAGGUCUGCUGGUUACAUCUCUUUUGUGACUGCCUAUGUUAUUAAAAAUAAAGAUAUGCCA